AGAGUUAAGGAAGCGAUGCUUGCGUCCUGUUAGCGCAGACCUCGACAUUAAACAACAGAAUCCUUAAUUUUUACCGGUUAAAAAGGCGCGACACACCAAUGGAGCUCCUCAGUACUAAUGAAAAUAUAARGGUUUCAGACCCCAUCCCGCCUGUGUCGUCCCUUCGCCUCCUGGUGCCUCCGUUGCAGUUCCUGUCUGCUACUAUGUGGCACGUGGCCAAGCAGAAAGACGUGAUGAAUUAUGGGAGGCUGCAGGAGUUUGUGUCCGUGGUGACGGAGGCGGUUCCUGGUGUGAUCAACCACAGACAGAGGGCACAGCUCAUUCUUGGACUAAGAGCCAGGUUGAUUUUAGAGCUCUGCAAAGGUUCGGCUCGAGGAGAUGUUGAUUUUAACGAAAUCAAGAGCCACUUGGAGAGAUUCCCUAUUACCAGUUCAAACGCAGAUUCUGUGGAUAAAGAGGUGAAAACAACAGAGUACACUUUCAUUGCUCUUGUCCAGAGUUUGCUGAAUGACCCAACUGAACGAGCGUAUUUCUUUCAGCAGGUGUUCYCUGUUGCAUAUGGUCCACAGUAUGAUGCAGCGCUGCAGGUGUUAUUGUGGGAGCUGCUGUCAAAGCUGGAAAAGAUGCUCCCAGGACCUGACCUGAAGCAGACAGCUGCCUGGCUCGCCUCUGCUCCUUCAGCUUUGGAGGAAUGUGUUCUGUCGUCACCGGAGGAGCUGGGAUCCAUCUUUAAGUACUACAAAAACCUAGGACUACUGAAGACGACGUACAGGCCCUCUUCCACCAUUGGGAGCUGYAUCAUGACCGCGUUAUCAGUUCCUCCUUCACAAAAGACAAGCUUAUCCAUCGAGCAGGAAUCCAUUCAUAACUACGCUAACACAUUAGCCCCUCUCACUCUCGCCGGGCUGGACCAUUACAGCGUUGUAGCCUUUUGCACCGAAGUGGAAGUCCAAGCGUCCGAGGCGGGUGAGGACGUGAUGGCGUCCUCUGAGGUCCAGCUUCAGACAGACUGUUAUGAAGAAGAGAUAGUGUCCGACAACGCUGCUGGGGAAGAGGCUGCAAGCGUGCGGGCUUUGGAAACGAGUGAAACAGCUGGUGUGGCKAGAGCUCUGGAAACGCUGGCGAAAACGUUUGCGUUAAGGAAGGAGAGCCUGGGUCCAGAUGUGCAGGCAGGAAGCAGUGCUCCGAGCCAUGAGCUCGGUCCAGGAAGUGAGCCAAAGGGACGACAGACGAAUGAAAAUCUCGAAACGGGGAGCGAGACAGAGGUGCUGCAAAGUUUUCAACCAGAAGCUGCCGAGGCAAACACAGACGUGUGUACAGAGCARAACUGUGAGUCGGUCGCUGUGAAAGAAACGCCAAAUGUCACAUGUCCACAAACUACAUCUUUGCCAAAAUGUCAGGAGGUGUGGAAAGUCACAAGAUCUGCAAGAGAAAGUGGUGAAGAAUCAAAAACGAACGCAGCAGAUGUGUCAGUUGCACCGUCUGUAAUAGCCRUCAAAGGGACAGACAAAGGAGAGUCAGAUGAAACCGUAUCCAUCAUCUUCACCUGCUCGCAGUGUCCUUUCCACAGCUCAGAUGACAACAGUCCCCCUCACUUCCACUUGCAAAAUGUUCCCUCUGAAGUCUACCGGAGUUUCUCAGGUGGCAAAUUCACGCCAUGUCCCUCGAACGCUGACAAAGUAUUCACAUCGAUCAAACUUUUCCCCAAAGGCAACGCAGAGCAGCUACGUCGUGAAGGUGAARCUCCUGUUUCUCCGACUCGCGGCAAACACAAGUCUUUAACCUGUGAAACCUGUGGCAAGGGGUUCACUCGKACGUCAGACGUGAGAAGACACCAGCUCAUWCACACCGGAGAGAGACCCUUUCACUGCUCGCAGUGUGAGAGGACCUUCCAGCACUCCUGGGAUCUGGCCAAGCACGAGAGCAAACAUCACGGCGUGACCAUCUCCUUCUCCUGUCAGCUGUGUGGGAGCUCCUUCGCCAAUCUGCGGGGGCUGACCGUCCACCACAAGAAGAGCCACUCGGAGGAGAGUCAGCUCCCUCAGAUCUGCUCCAUCUGUAGCCGGAGCUUCCCCACUGCCGCCGAGCUACUGGAGCACAGGAAGUCCCACGUCGCCGCCAAACGCUACCACUGCCAACAGUGCGGCGAAGGCUUCGACACGCUGCUCGCGCGUUCCCAGCACAGGAAGGCGCACCAGGUGAAGCGGCAGUUYAAGUGCCCGCACUGCGAGAAGACGUACACUCGCAGGUCCGACGUGAAGCGGCACCUGUCCGUCCACACCGGGGAGCGACCGCACCAGUGCAACCAGUGCAACAAGCGGUUCUCGGUGUGCUUCAUGCUCGUGAAACACCUCCGGGUUCACACGGGCGAGCGGCCUUACCAGUGCGCCCACUGCUCCAAGAGGUUCACCCUGGUGUCCGUGUUGGCCCGGCACGAGAGGAUGCACACCGGGGAGAAACCGUUCCUCUGUUCGCAAUGCGGGAAGGGCUUUUUAUCGCAGGGAGAGCUUUUAAAACAUCACAGAUCGCACGUGGACGACAGGCCCUACGCCUGCCCUCAGUGCGACAAACGGUUCAAGAGCAAAAGGACUCAGCGGGAGCACAUCGCCUCGCACAGCGGCGCCCGCCCGUACCCGUGCRCCUACUGCGGCAAGGGCUUCACCAAACCGUACGCGCUGACCAGGCACAACCUCAUCCACACAGGAGAGAGGCCGUUCCCCUGCGGACACUGCGAUAAGUCCUUUCUCACCCUCAGCGAGGCCCAGCUGCACCAGAGGGUCCACACGGGGGAGCGGCCGUACCCCUGCGACGUGUGCGAGCUCCGCUUCAAGAGCUCGUCGGAGCUGGCGCGACACAAACACAGGCACUCUGGAUUAAAGAGGGGCAAGCCGUCAUGUGAGAGGUGCAGGGAGACGUUCACAUCAGUCGCUAAGCUGAAGAAACACAUGGAGACGCAUGAGGACAGCACAGAGGCUGCACAGACUGUGGACACUAAGGAAUCAAGUCUUUAAAUGAUUGGGAUUAUUGGUAAUACAGCUUUAGGCUUUUUUUUUUUUUACUGCAAAUGUUUCUUUUUGACUUUAUCACUGGGAUAUUCUUUUGUUUCUCUGAGUGAAAAUCAUAGAUGGACAAAACUCGAAUAAAUACUCUACAUGUCGUUUGA